UAGCUCCGCUCUCCCCCCACCCCACCUUGCGCUACCCGCGCGGGGCGGGGCUUGCUACGCACGUACGGAAGCUGCGCUCUGUGGACGCGCUGACGCCGGAGGUGAAGGUGGUGGCGGCCGCGUGCGGAGCUCGCGGGGACUGUGGCUGCAGAUGGCAAAGAGCCUGAGGAGCAAGUGGAAGCGGAAGAUGCGGGCGCAGAAACGGCGGAAGAACGGCCCCAAGGAGCUGGCGCGCCUGAGGGAUGUCCUGAAAGCUGGCGCUCUUCUGCGUGAGGUGCAGGACGUCGCCACCCUGGUCCCGCCGCAGAAGGUCCAGGCUCCUGGGGAUCAAAACAAGAUGGACACAGAUAGUAAAAGAAACAAAAAGACUCUCCUAGAUGAACACGGACAGUACCCAGUUUGGCUAAAUCCCAGACAGCAGAAGAAACUUAAGGCAAAACGUGUUAAAGGAAAAAAGUCCAAGGUGGCCAAGGGACUGGCAUGGUAGAUUCUCACACAGGUGGAAAAGUGGACAAGAGAUUUUAUGUAGAAAGUAGAGACUGCUAAGGACUGAGUGUACAAUCUGACUGGGCUCAGCUGCCAAAUACAAUUAUCAUAACAGGUUGGGUUUUAUUAGAUCAGAAGCAGGUGAAAAGAAUAUCACAUUGAAAACUGCUUCAUUUAAAAAUAAAAUGAACUAAAAAUAGUGCUUUUGAAUCGCCUUACCAAUUUUGUAUUUUCUCCUCUGCUUUGCAGAAGUCCAUAAAACUUAAUAUGCAGAAAAUGGAGGGAGGGAAUGAACUGGAUAGAAAUUUAAUAAGUGAACCAUAGCCCUAAUAGCAGGUACACUUUUAAAAGUGUUUAGUACUUUGAAAGUCUGUUUAAUUUUCCCAUAGAACAUAUUUUAUGGAAAACCAAUACAUCAGUGAAACAAUGUGACUUUUAAAGGGAUGCUGUAAACAGAAAUUUGGGUCACAACUCAAGACAAAAAAAAAAAUGUGUUUGACUUGGAUUUAAAAAAAAAAAUGUCCAGUAGAAAUGGUUGCUUAAAAUAAAGACAUUUUCCAUUAGUUUUUGCAACCCAAAUGCUGCAGCACUGAGGAAUUGAAAUCAAAACUCAUAUGGCUGACAUUCAUUGUCCAUCUGAGAGAAUGCAAAACCAUGAGUAAUAAGAAAGUAAAUUAAACUUUAAACAUUGUGAACAAUUGUAGUCUAAAGGUACAUGUGUGUUGCAGUGCCCAUGUAUUUUUAGUAGGUCAAGGUUCCUUCACAGUGGCAUUUGCUUACUAUGUUGCACCAAAUAGACACAAGAUUUCAAAUGUUGUAUGACUGUAGCAAAUACCAUUUAAUUAUAUUUGCUUACGUGCUUUUGUAUAUUAUUGGGCAAUAAUAUGUGAUGACAGAUUCAAGAACUAGUUACCCUGUAAUAUUACCUUUUUACAAUAAAACGUCAAAGAUGGAAACGGUUAGGGCGCUAGGCUAACAGUAUGUUGCUCUCUGAAGAACCCUUCAUCCAUGCGGAACCUGACUUGCAGGCAGGUCUGUUCCUAUGCUUGAACUGAAGUGCUCUGAUUGCCUACUGAUAACAGUCUGCAGCUGCUGUACAAUUCUGAUGUGAUUAAAUAGGAAAUAUGCUUUUUGAAAACAAAGUUAUACUAGCUUGAGGCACUUUGUGCUAAAACCAAAAAAGGUGGAUGACUUGGUGUGGAUUUCAGAUUUUCUAAGGGACAUAUAUUUUAUGAAUUAUGAAAGAAUGAUGUUUUUCUCUUCUAUUGUGCAAGUAAAACCAACUGAAAAUUAUAAAAAUGAAAUUAGUAGAAUAUGGGAGA